AUGUCCAGAGAGUGUCCCACCGGCGGUGGUGGUGGUGGAGGAGGCGGUGGCGGCGGUUGCUUUAAGUGCGGACAAGAGGGCCACUUCUCCAGAGAGUGUCCCACUGGUGGAGGCGGCGGAGGUCGCGGAGGCUUUCGCGGCGGCAGAGGCGGUACACCACGUGGUGGUCGCGGAGGUGGUAGAGGCGGAGGACGAGGAGGGUUUGGCGGCGGCAGAGGUGGUGGCGAUCGCGGCGGCCGAGGAGGUAGAGGCGGAAGAGGAGGCGCUGGCGGUAGAGGCGGCUUCCGGGGCGGGAAGAAGGCGAUCGUUGAGCCGCACCAGCGCCUGGAGGGGGUGUUCAUCGCCAGAGGCAAAGAGGACGCACUGGUGACCAAAAACUUAGUGCCCGGAGAGUCGGUCUACGGGGAGAAGAGAGUGUCGAUCGAUGAGGAGAACGGGAAGAUUGAGUACAGGAUUUGGAACCCUUUCCGCUCGAAGUUGGGCGCAGCCAUCCUGGGAGGCGUUGAGGACAUCCACAUCACCCCCGGCUCUAAAGUACUAUAUUUGGGCGCCGCGUCCGGCACUACAGUCUCGCACGUGUCCGACAUUGUGGGCCCAGAGGGACGGGUAUAUGCCGUCGAGUUUUCUCACCGUUCGGGUCGAGAUCUAUUAGGUGUGGCCCAAAAGCGACCAAACAUUGUGCCGAUCAUUGAGGACGCGAGACAUCCGCAUAAGUACCGAAUGGUGAUGUCGAUGGUGGACACGAUCUUCGCCGACGUGGCCCAACCAGAUCAGGCGCGUAUCGUUACCCUCAAUGCCCAGCAUUUCCUCAAAAUCGGUGGACACGUCGUCAUCUCUAUUAAGGCCAACUGUAUUGACUCGACCGCACCGGCAGAGGCUGUGUUCGCACAGGAGGUGAAGAAAUUGCAAUUGGAUAAAGUGAAGCCAUUGGAACAGGUCACUCUUGAGCCAUAUGAGAGAGACCACGCCGUCGUUGUCGGCAUUUUCAGGUCAGACGGAAAAAAUGCUAAUUAAAGCAUGUCUUCAAUUAAAUCGCUAUUAUUUUUCACUAUUCCCUCAAUCGAUAUAUAUUUUCGCAUCAUUUGAAUGUCACAUU